AUGAGUGAAAUUGGAAAUCAAGGAACUACCAGCGCGAAAUCGCCUUCCAAAAAAUAUGAAGGCUUCGCUACGGCCCUGUACAACUUCGUGUCGUUAGUGGAGGGUUAUGACCAACAGAUGUUACCCAUGUGUAUGAGAGCCUUCGAGAUAACGCUGGGCGUUUCUCAGUCUCAGUUGUCCACGAUGGCCACCAUGUCAACUAUGUCACAACUGGGAUGCUGUUUAAUCUGGGGUAUUUUGGUGGACAACAAUGACCCACAAUACUUACUUGCAGCAGGGUUGUUAGUUGUAGGCAUGGCGUCUAUUCUUCUAAGUACUGCGUCGCACUACAAAGUGAUUCUGUUCUUACGCUUCCUACACGGCUUUGCAUUCGCUUGCAUAUAUCCAUCACAACAAAGAAUUGUUUCGGAUUCUCAAGAUGAAAGCAAAUUCAGUAUGGUUUUCGGCUACUACGGCUGGCGUACGUCUUAUGUUAUGCUGGGAUAUAUGUGGAUCUUGGUUGGUAUCGCCAUUGCAUUAUGGAUGAAAUGGUCUCCCAAUACAAAUAGUGAUACCGCUGCUAAUGGCCAGCAGCCUAUUGCUACUUCUGCGAACAAGGGCAGCUUUACGGCUGAAAUAAAGCAAUCGUUUAGCGAUGUUUUCACUCAGCCUACGCCUGGAAUCCUAAUAUUGGCCGUUUUUAUCUCAGAGGCCCCAUUAUGCGCCUUUUCCUAUGUGGUUCUAUACCUGCAAUAUUUGGGAGUAUCUGACGUAAUGGCUGGGGCUGCAGUAGCUGUUACACUAAUAGGAGCUGCUGUUGCGUGUGCAGCUGGUGGUAUGGUUAUGAAGACAGAGGGAUUAAAAACAAAUGACUACCUUCAUCUAAGCUGCGGAGUCGUCGUAAUGGUAAUCAGACUUGUUGUUUGUCUAUGUUUUUUCUUGGGUCCUGCACCCCCCGGACGUCUUCUUUGGUAUCACUACAUUGAGUUUGCUCUGAUUGGAGCUUCCCUGAUGACAGUCGGCGCCGUCGACAGACCGCUUAUUAAUAAUUCGAUCCAGAAAAAGAUUCAGGGCACAGCUUCUGCCAUAAUCAGGUGUAUAUCAGGUAUAGCAAGCAGUGUGAUUUUUUAUCAGCUUGCGGCCUAUUUGUCGGAAAAGGUGUUCGGAUACGUCCCGUCGAGGGAGGCUUUUGAUGUCAUGGAGGCAAGUAUCAAGGAUAGAAAUAAAGAGGCAUUACGGAAAUCAAUGAUGUACAUUAUUGUGGCAGGCAGUGUGCUCAACACCUUGUGUUAUAUUGCGUUAUUUCCGAUAUAUCCGGGACAUAAGCAAAAUUUAAAUAAGGAAAAUGGGGUUGCAGCCGCAGCAAAAGCAGCAGCAUAA